AUGAACAAUUUCGGCGUUGUCGAGGUCGCUAGCACGCGCACCACGAACGCCCCUGGAUGGGCAUACGUCCCAGACACGGGCAUCAACCCGGCCGUCGCCGCGCUGCAGCCCACAAACCGCAAGCGCGCAGCCCGCAACAACCGCGCCCCGGGCAAACCGAACCUCACAGACCUGUCGGCACGGCAGGAGGCUGCUCUGCGCAAGGAAGUUGAGCAGCUGGACCGGGAUGCCUUCAAGGAUACUUCCAUCCCUGUACCGGCACGCACUGGUGGGAGUAGAGCUUCCAACAAGCACACGCCCAACGUCCGAAAGAUCCUUAUGUCGCAAAAGACAUUCGCCAACCACGUCAGUGAUUACGAAGCUCUCCAAGGCUCCGCCGAGGCCACCUCGUCGGCCGCCACACCGCGUCCCUCACAACCCCACACACCGGCAGCAUCAACGCCGGCGCCCACAAGCCGAACAAGCAGCUCUACAAACAAAAAGAAGAAAUCAGCGCCCGUCCCGCCGCAGCCGCUACCACCACCAGCUGCUCCGGAUGUUGAGGACGUCGACAUGGCUGACGCCCCGCCCCUGCAAGGCGAUCGGACCAUUCUACCCCCUUACACAGGCAGGACGCCUGCGCCUCACCGCCUAGACGACGACCCGUUGCUGAGAAGUCACAUCCCCAAGGUUCCAACGGACAAUGACAUCCGGCCUCUACUGCUUGCCCCGCCCAUGCCCUACCCGGAACUGAUGGCGCGCGCGAGCGCCGCAGAGGCUGACAACGACGAGGAGGACGACUCGUCGUCCCGUAGAAGGUACCCGAUGCGCGUGUUCUGCUCCGUAUGCGGAUAUUGGGGCAGGGUCAGGUGCAUCAAAUGCAACACACGCGUGUGCGCCCUGGACUGCCUUGAGGUGCAUCGUGAAGAAUGUGUCACUAGAUACGGGCUGUAA